UGUCCAGCCACUGCUUGGGAACGCUUGUGCUCGGCGAGCUCUCAUUGGAUGCUGCGCGCCGCCCGCAGACGUUGAUUGGACGUAGUGACUUGGUGACGGAACGGUUCCUGGUGUCCCGGGUGCGAGACGUGGAACUUGUGGGACGGACAUGGCGGGGAAGGUACCGAACGGGGCUCAGUCCGGGCCGCCCGGCAACAACCUUCUCUUCUCCGCCUCCGAAAUCAGCUUCUCCCUUCCCUUCAUCCCCGUGAGUCAGCACGGCCCGGGCCCCGCGAUGCUUCCGGCUGAUGAUGCCUCAGAGGUGGGAGAAGAGGACAGCUUUCUAGGACAGACGUCCGCGGCUACAAAUCCACCCCAAACAUUUAGUUAUUUUUCAGGCCCAGGCAGUAGCCAAGAUCCAUUUGCCGCUAUUGUGCAGCCACCUUUAACCACAGCAGCGUCGUCACCUGGUACUUCAGUUUUCUUCAAGCCGCCCUCCUCUAUGCUGCCGAUAUCUUCACCUGAGUUUGGGCGAAAUCUGAUCCCACCGAAAACGGCAAAGCCUCCGGUCACAAGCAAUGCUCCGGUAUCCCAGGUUACAACUGGUGUGUUUCUUCCAACCUCACACCAGGGACCUCCUCCUGGCGCCUAUGCAGCUCCGCCCACUAGCUCCUCCCAGGCAGGAUAUAACCCCUACCGCCACAAUAUCCAAAGCAGUCGGGUUAAUCCGUAUUUGGCUCCUCCCCAGCUUCAGCAGGAACAAGAAUUGCCUCUCUUUAUCCAGAAUCCUCAGUUCCCACCUCAACCUCAAUUCCAACCUCAGGGGCUGCCAGCCUCUCUCCCACCGCCCCCUAGAGCUGCGCCCAACAUGCCUCCGCCUCCUCCAUCAUCACAGACAUUUCCAAAUGUCAGACCUGCGGGUCCUUCAGUACCAGUACCCCCACCCUACCUGCCUAACCUGUACGCGCCCGUUCAGCCUCACUGGUUUUACUGCAAGCAAGUGGAGGACAAGGAGGUCUGGCUGCCAUUCAGCACUCUGGAUUCACACAACUUGGAGGAAAUUUAUAACUCAGUGCAGCCGGACCCCGAGAGUGUGGUGGUGAAUACAGACGGGGGGCGCUAUGACGUCUACCUGUACAAUCGGGAGAGGAAGGCGGUAUUUUGGGAGGAGGAGGAGUCAGAAGUCCGGCGCUGCUCUUGGUUUUACAAAGGAGACUCCGACAGCAAGUUUGUUCCUUACAGUGAGGAUUUCAGCGAGCGCCUGGAGGCAGAAUACAAGAAAGCUGUGACCACCAACCAGUGGCAUCGGAGACUGGAAUUUCCUGGAGGGGAAACAAUUGUUAUGCACAACCCCAAAUUCCAGCAAUCUCUGGUCCCAGAGGAAUGGGGCCCCCCGCAAGACGGCCAGUCAAGACCUCGAGUCGUAAAGCGAGGAAUUGACGCCGAACUGGAUGAAAUUCCCGAUGGUGAAGUACCACAGGCAGAUCAUUUGGUGUUUAUGGUUCACGGCAUCGGGCCAGUGUGUGACUUGCGUUUCAGGAGCAUCAUAGAGUGUGUGGACGACUUCAGGACGGUAUCCCUCAAACUGCUUCAGACUCACUAUAGAAAGUCCCUGGAGGAGGGCAAAGCGCGUCGGGUGGAGUUUCUGCCAGUCCAUUGGCACAGCUCUCUCCAUGGAGAUGCCACAGGUGUUGAUAGGCGAAUAAAGAAGAUCACAUUGCCCAGCAUUGGCCGCCUGCGUCACUUUACCAACGAGACCCUACUGGAUAUUCUCUUCUAUAACAGCCCCACCUACUGCCAGACCAUUGUGGACAAAGUCAAUAUGGAGAUGAACCGCCUUUUUGCGCUGUUCAUGAGCCGCAAUCCACAUUUCACCGGGGGCGUGUCUGUGGCCGGUCACAGCCUAGGAUCGUUGGUUCUGUUCGACAUCCUCUCUAACCAGACUGAUCCAACUGCUCCUCCUCUUGUGCCGGUACGACUCACUGAAGCCAAUGGGCCGUUAAAAAGUAAAGAUUCAGAUGAUAAAGCAGUCAGCAUUACAGGGGCCCCAGUCACAUUACAAGCCGUGGAGGAGCCCAGUGAUUCAGAGCAGCAGAAACCAUUGCCGAGCCUGCAGGAAGCCCUUGAGUUGCUCAGCCUGGCAGAAUACAGCAGUGUGUUUGAGAAAGAACAGAUUGACAUGGAGUCCCUGCUCAUGUGUACGGUGGAUGACUUGAAAGAGAUGGGAAUCCCACUGGGGCCUAGGAAGAAGAUUGCCAAGUUUGUGCAGGAAAGAGCAGUCACGGAGGCAAAGAGAAAAGCAGCAGAGGAAGAGAAGGCUGCACAAAUUAAAGCCAAAGAGGAACUGGCUGCCGCCGCACAGGAAGCCGCUGCCAAACUCCUCCCCUCUGAAGAUAGCUCCGCCCUGGAGUCCCACAAGAGGAAGUUGCCUGUUGGGGUGUCAGUCUCCGCGGUGCCUGUGGAUUAUGAAUACUUUGAAACUGGCACAGGACAGGUCUGUGUGAAGUACAACUCAUUGGAUUUUGAACCAGUCAAUUUUUUUGCCCUGGGCUCUCCCAUUGGCAUGUUCCUGACUGUACGGGGCUUGGAUAAGAUCGAGGAAACCUUCCGGCUGCCUACGUGCAAAGGCUUCUUCAAUAUCUACCAUCCGCUGGACCCCGUGGCCUACAGGUUAGAACCCAUGAUCAUUCCAGACAUUGACCUGAAACCAGUGCUGAUUCCUCACCACAAAGGUCGAAAGAGAUUGCACCUGGAACUGAAGGAAAGUCUGACCCGCAUGGGCUCUGACCUGAAACACGGCUUCAUCACUUCCCUACGCAGCGCCUGGCAGACCCUGAACGACUUUGCUCGCGCCCACACGUCCUCGGCACAACUGCAGUUAGAGCUAAAGAGAGUCGCAGACCAGAUUGAGGAAGAGGAGAAACAGCAGCAGGUGGAAGCUGAAAAGAUCGAGAGCCCAGACGCUUCCCGCGAGGAGGAGGUGACAGUGAAGAUCGGGAUGCUGAACGGGGGGCGUCGGAUUGAUUACGUUCUGCAAGAGAAGCCCAUCGAGAGCUUUAAUGAAUAUCUAUUCGCUCUGCAGAGUCACCUGUGUUACUGGGAGUCGGAGGACACGGCUCUGCUGAUUCUGAAAGAAAUCUACACGACUGUGAAUGUUCUCCCUGAUCACCCGCUGCAGUAGUGCAACUGACCGUGACCUUGAACCUCUUCUCCUGUUUGUACAAGGUUCCCGGAGCCCAGAGGGCAACCUGUAGCCAAAGGACAUUGAUUUUGACUCUGAAACUGCCCAGUGGCCCUUUGUAGAGAAGGACAAGCACGACAAUGUGAAAAUCAGUUUUUAUGUGAAUCCUCCGACCCCAACAGACAAUGAGUGAUUUUAUCAGCGCUGUGAAGCCGCUUGCCGAGUUGAACCCUUUCCUUGGAAUUUCCACAUUCAUACAAUGAACUCUGUUUGCCGAGGACUGAACCCAAUCAGCUUGUGGAUAGGGAAUCGCUAGCUCCGCCUCCUUUUAGUUAUUCAUUUAGGGGCACAUUUAUCAAGGGUCGAAUUUCGUAUUUCAAAAAGACCAACCGAAAAAAAAAAACUUCAACUUAAUUUUGGUUCAAUAGGUCCGUAUUCGAAGUUAAUAGCGCAUUCGAUUCAAAGUUUUUCCCAAAAAAAGUUAGAUUUUUCGACUCCUAAUAGGUUCUAGGAUUUCCCCCAUAGGCUAAAACAGCAAUUCAGCAGCUUUUAGAUGGCGAAUGGUCAAAGUCAAAUUUUUAAAGAGACAGUACAUGAUAAAUUUCAAUUUUUUUUUUUUUUAAAUUUUCAUCGAAUUUGGACUAUUCCCUAGUCGAACUACACCAAAAAUAGCUUGAAAUUCAAUUUUUUUUUCAUUUGAAAAUUCACCUCGACCAUUGAUAAAUCUGCUCCGUAGAUUUUGGCAAUUUUGUUUCACCUCCUCUUCCCUUUCCUCCAUUAGUUACUAAUCCCGUUCCUCCGCCCGUGAGAAACCUAUUUAUAAAGUGACAAUUGUAUUUUAUCAUGUUUAGCUCUAGGCUGAUGCUUCAGGUGGGGCUUUUAUUCAUAGCAGGUUCAUUACGGGCUCCAGAGCUCAGACUGCCCCCCCCCUAUACGAAAUAAUGGAAGCGAUUCUUUCCCCGCUACAAGUCACCUGCGCACGUGUGAUUUUUACAUUCCCGCCAGCGGAUGAGACGGUUUAAGCAGGUUUUGGCUCCAUUUAGGUUUUCAGUAAUUUAAUUUUUGAAAGUAUUCUGUUAAAUUAAAGAAAAAGUCUAUUGCCAAAA